AGUUCUGUUACAUACAUACAUAUCCUGUAAGAUGGAAGACGAUUUUUGGGAAUUUUUCAAUUAUGUUGAAGAUGUUGAUGGUUUUUUACCUGUACCUAGAAUUUUAUUGAGAGAUAAUUCUAAUCCUUUUGAAAGGUACACUAACAGUGAAUUGAUACAACGUAUUAGAUUCUCAAGAGAUACUAUAGAAACUACAGUACUUCCAAUGGUUUAUCAUAACAUUAGAGAUGGUGAUAAUCGUGGACUACCAGUUCCCCCUGCAUUAAAGUUGUAUGUGGCAUUGCGGUUUUUUGCAACAGGGUCUUAUCAGCAAGUUUAUGCUGAUGUAGCCACAAUCAGUCAGUCCUCGGUCUGCAGAAUUGUCCGAGAAAUUAGCGAGGAACUUGCAAGAAGUUUACCAAGACUAAUUAAAUUUCCAGCCCACACGGAAAUAUUGAAACGACAAUUUUUUGAAAUUGCGGGGUUUCCUAGAUAA